CUGAUGAUGUAUCUAAUUCUUACCAAUCAUCGGCACAGAAUGGUCUUCUUGUGGUUACAUGUAGAGUGUGUCAAUCUGUAAUAGAUAUUUCUGGCAAAAGAGAUCAACAUGUUGUCAAGUGUAUGGUCUGCUUGGAAGCUACACCAAUUAGGAAAGCUCCACCUGGGAAAAAGUAUGUAAGAUGUCCUUGCAAUUGCCUGUUAAUUUGCAAGAAUUCUUCGCAGAGAAUCGCUUGCCCGAGAGCUAAUUGUAAAAGAGUUAUUACUUUGGUACAAAGCCCUCUUACGCCACCGGCUCACACCAUGCCUGGAAUGGUUACUGUGGUUAAUGGAACUGUGCCAAAUAAUUUUGAGGAAACUAACGAAACAGGUAAAUUUUUUUAUAUAAAUACUUGUAAGUUUAAAAUUUUUCUAAAUCAUAGUUUUUUGUUUUUAUUUAUAGCCAAUGGCUAA